GAACUGACAGUAGUUUAACUGGAGUCAAUAAUCACCUGUUUGUUUUAUUUUAAGUUAAUAUCAAAUGAACACGUAGCGGUAAUGUUGAACAUGACAUUACCUUACAGGGACUUUAACUUAGGAAACAUUUCAUUUAAUUUGUAAUUAAUGUACAGCCCACUUGUAAAUACACUGAACAAAUGACUGCAGAGCACCCAGGUUUAGCCUGGUAUGACAGAGAAUAAUUUAACCAUCAAACAAUUAAAUUAGACUAUGUAAAAGAUUUUAAAGCUCAAACCAAGAUUGGAUGUACAAUAGCAGUUUCCAAAUCAGUGUUAAGUGGGAAAUCUGGAACCUACACUGAAAUGACUUGCACAUAUUCUAUAGUUUUUUAGGUUUGGGAGAUUUUUGUGCUUUUUAAAUUCUUAUUUAGCUUGCCAACAUUUAAACUGAAUGUUGAUACCCUAUGUAAUAACAGUAAAAGUUAUGACCAGUCGAUGAAAGAACAAUUUCUCAAGAUUCCAAAGUUGCCCAAUACUGUGGGUGAAUGGAUAUGUAUUUAAUCAACCAACUGCUGAGUUUUUUCGUCCAUAAUCAUUAUUAUGAUGUCUAAACUUGAACGUUUGAAUGCUCGUGUGGCCAAGCUACUGGCUGAAGCGGUGCAGGAGGUUCUGGAGGUUGUGAAGGAGACGGUGUCAGAGUACCAGGAGAAAACUGCCAGAACACAGAGAGAGAACGAGAGUCUCAAGAGACGACUGCAGGAGCUCCAGGACAAGAUAACAAAAGAGAGCAAAACUGUUCUACCUGCAAGUGGACCAUUGCCUGAAGAAAAACAAGGCACAGACAAUCACGACUUGAGCCUCGCUGAGAGGCACGACUCAGGCAUCACUCUCACAGAGCAAAAGCCAAUAAGCAGCCACAGUCCUGACCACGACGUAAAGCAGGAAUGCAAAGAACAAGAAAGCUACAAUAAUACUGAAUCACAACAUGAGUGUAACUUAGCACAAACAUCAACAGAACAUUGCAAAGAACAACCUGAGGAAAGGACACAUGUUAUCGACGAGGCAGUGACUGUCCAAACAUUACACAGUGCAAACAGGGACACCAGUUCUGUCUCAUCUAACAAUCCGCACAGUACUUGCUCCAGUAGUCCGCUUGGGGUAACCCUGGCUACAAUCAAAAGAGAACCAGAGCCAACAGACUGCAUGAAAUCAGAACCGCUGCCUCUUCAAGAACAAUAUACUGGAUGUGUGGAUUUAAGCUGCAACUCCUCUCGUCAGAACUCUGCUGAGACUCUCAGGCCACAAGUUGGCACUGAACCUUACGGUCUUGUCUUUGUCCACCCAAAUCACAGCAUACCUAGAAGGCAUGGAUUUGUAAAAACCAACAGGGCUGCCUUUGAUGUGAGAAAAAUCAGGAGGGAGCACUUUAGGGGAGAUGACUCACACUUAUGUGUUGUAUGUGGAAAGACGUUCAGCAGGGUCGGGAACUUGAGAAUCCACCAGCGUUGUCAUACAGGAGAGAAGCCAUAUGGCUGCAUACAGUGUGGGAGGCGUUUCAGUCAGGCCGGAGACCUGAAAAAACAUAAGAGGGUGCACACGGGGGAGAAACCAUACUACUGCAACCAGUGUGGAAAGAGCUUCAGUCGAGGGGAGAAUCUUAAAAGACACCAAAAGAUCCACAUUGGAGAGACACUGCAGUUACAGCAAGCGUGGAGGGAGCAACAGUUGUGAUUGUAAUAUUAGACUCAUAAUCUCAUUAAAGUCAGCACACUUAGUUUGUGGAGAAUCUGUGAAUGAUAAUUCUUUGGUCUGUUUUUUUAAAUCAUAAACGACAGAAUACAUGAAAAGGCUACUCUCCUGUAACUAUUUGGGAAUUGUUACAAGGAGUUAUUUGCUGUUUAGGAUUUUCUGUCACUUGUGUGCUAAGUACACAAGUCUGUCCUUCUAAAAGACCUUUUCACAGCAAAUAUUUUGACAUUUCCUAACAUGAAAAGCACUGCAUUCAGUUUAGGUGAGUUAGUUCCAGUGUCCUGGUAUUGUGCAUACUGGCUCACUGUCAUUGCGUACUGGAAUGGAGCCAUUGUUAACGAAAUUUGUUAUACCUGUGCUUUCCCUGCUAUGACAAAUUAAAAUGUCUGCUGUGAAAAAGUCUAUCAUGAUAAAACAGGACUGUAAGAGGUAAUCACCUUCCCGAACAGGCUGAGCCUUUACAGAUGGAGAUGCAGUGAUAAAAAGGCAUCAGUAUCUAAAUUGAUUUCUAACCAAUAUAAUUUUUAGCUGACAAGAUUUGGGAAGCUGUGGAAUUUUUCCCAAUAUAACUGUUAAAUUAGCAAAAGAGUUUGAGUGAUAAAGUUUUGGAUUUUGGGAAAAAACAAAACAAAACACAUGCUUCAAAGGUCCUGCACACCCAUGACAUGCAUACAGGUGAUUUCACUUAUUUUGGCUAUUUAGAUGUUCCCUCGGGACUUUAUGACAUCACCCCUCACUCUCGUGUUACCUUAGUUGCACCUGCUGGUGAACAAAAAGUUACCCACUUCGGUACAAUUAUCAUUCCUAUUAGUAGAAAUAGUUUUGUCAAGUCUAAUCAGCCAGAAUAAGUGAAAACACCUGGUGCUUUUGAGAUGUUAGACAUUGACAUCUGCUUUAAAAAAAAAAAAAAAAAAA